CAAAGUUUAUCAUGUCAAAACAUUUAAGGGGUAACAAAUUUACUCGUAAAUGGAAAUUCGUAAUCUAUCCGGUUGUGUGCUCCUUCUGUUGCUGUUCCUGCCACCACCCUCCACCGACUCCUCCUCCUCGGCCUCCAAUGCUGAUCACCCGCUGAGUCGGCUUCCACGCAGACGCAUCAAACGGAUAUCGACACCCUACUACGAAGAAAAAAAGACCUUGGACAUGGCCAAGUAUGUGGUGUCGCUGCGUUCCCGUACACCGCGCAAAUACUUUGGCGACAAUCACUACUGUGGCGGGGUCAUUAUAUCGCGUACGUUCAUUUUGACUGCCGCGCACUGCACCAUGGACAGUCGCAAGAUCCUGCAUCGGGCACGCGUAUUGCUAGUCGUCGCUGGGACGCCGAAUCGCUUGAAGUUUUGGCGUGGCAGGACUGUGAAUGCACCGGUGAAGGAUGUCUAUGUGCCCGAGAAUUUCACCAUGUUCAAUACGAAUAAUAUUGCACUGCUAAAGCUGGCGAUAGAGCUGCCGGAUAAUCCGUAUAUUGCCAUUGCCAGUCUGCCCACCCAUGAGCCAGUUUACAAUAUCAAUUACACACUCCUCGGCUGGGGACGAGUGUACAAGGGCGGUCCACUGGCCUCUAGCAUUCUGCAUGUGGAUGUGAAGCUGCUGGAUCAUCAGACCUGCGAAGAAUUGGUGCAAACCUUCAAGGACGAAAUGAUGUGUGCCGGCAAUCUGGAGGAUGAUCAGGAUGAGAAUCCCUGUGCCGGCGACACGGGCAGUCCCCUGCUCCUGAAUGGCACUGUCUAUGGCAUCGUCAGCUACCGCAUUGGCUGCGGCUCCAAAUCUCUGCCCUCCGUCUAUACAAAUGUCUUUGCGCACUUGGAGUGGAUCGAUGAAAUAAUGACAUCCGGUGAGAGCGUUCGUCGGGGCUGUACCCCGAGCAUGUGGCUGGCAGCCACCUUUGCUCUGCUGAAUGUACCAAGAAUAAAAUUCUGAAC